UCCUGAAAACAAAGCUGGUAAGGAAUACGUAUGGUCCAUAACUGAGAUGCUGCUAACAAUAUUGACUAGAAGAUUUAUCAGUAGAAGGGGAUUUGACCAAUAUAACGGUAUAUGUCACAACCUUGGUCAAAAACAAUUAUCCACAGCUGUUAGUUCCAAGAGACGAAAAAUGAAGAAACUUACCCAAGAAGAGAGGGAUUCACUCCUGAGUCCAUUGUUAAAAAGUGGAUGGACUGUCCAAGCAGAGCGAGAUGCUAUUUAUAAAGAAUUUGUAUUUAAAAAUUUCAACGAAGCUUUUGGAUUUAUGUCACGAGUAGCCUUACAAUCAGAAAAGAUGAAUCAUCAUCCUGAAUGGUUUAAUGUUUAUAAUAAAGUAAACAUGACUUUGUCUACGCAUGAUGUUAAUGGAUUAUCGCAGAAGGAUGUCGAUCUGGCAACAUUUGUUGAAAAUGUUGUUAAAACUUACAUUAAUUAAAUUAUUUAAAAAUCAAUACACCAA